AUGUCGUACUUCGAUAUAGACGACAUUCUAGCAUCUGCAGAGAAAAUACCUUGCAAAUUUAACAGUGACGCUCCUGGCUUAGGGUAUUUACAAGGGAACCCUGGACAUGCAAUUCCGAAGAACUCCAAAGUGGAAGUGCCAUUCUGGUUAGCGUCAGUUUUGGUAGAGAACCCCUUGUUUGAUGAAGACGACCAAGAGUUCAUAGAGUUGGGAGAGACUAAGUUUGAAGCCAGUCAGUUUGUUAAUGCCAUUCGGGCCAGCGGAUCAAGUGUGGAUCUUCAUCUGAUAUACCCAUUCUACUACGACUUGGUAGUGCUCUGGUCAAAACUCCAUAUGGAACUGCCGUCUGGGAAACAAGCCAUGAAGCUUUUGAAUGAACGAGCAAUGGAGAUCUACAACUACGCCAACAACUCCAAUAAACCCGUGAAUAACCGGUUCCUCCUUCUGUUGGAUGAAUUUGAAAAGACCCUCUUCAAGAAGGCCAGUGAGCUGAACAAGCUCACCAAACACUGGCUUGAAGGGUCAUGA